CUAUUAUCAACACCUUAUUAAAUUCACCUGAACACCAGCAAACAGCUUCUGAAAUGCCAAAUCAAAGAGAUGAGGCCCCUGAUGAUUCCCCCGGUGACCUUCCCUGUCUGGAAAAACUGGACUCUCCUACAGGGAGCCCACCCACCGCCUCAUUGUCUGGUCUGAUGGAGCUGGAGAACUGUGUUUCCAACCUGAGCCUCGCACACGAGAUAGUGGUGAACAAAGACUUCCGCUUCAAAUCCAACAGCCCUCCCUCAGAAAGCCUGGAGGGCAGAGUGUCUGAGAUUGUUCAUCGGGCGUUUUGGGACAGUCUUCGUGAGCAGCUGAACAGCGACCCUCCAAACUACGACCAUGCUGUCAUUCUGCUGCAGGAGGUCAAGACUAUGCUUCAGUCCCUGCUGCUGCCCGGUCACGUCAGGCUGAGAUCUCAGCUGGAUGAGGUCCUGGACAUGGAUCUGAUCCAGCAGGAGGUGGAUCACGGAGCUCUGGAUCUCCACAGACUGGCAGGAUACGUCAUCAGCACCAUGGCGUCUUUAUGUGCACCUGUGCGUGACCCAGAGGUCAGGGCAUUGAGGGACCUCAGGGACCCUGUGGAGCUCCUGAGGGAAAUCUUUCGCGUGUUGGGGCUCAUGAAGACCGACAUGGUCAACUUCACCAUCCAGAGUUUGAGGCCUCACCUCCUGCAGCAGGCAGCGCAGUACGAGAGAGCCAAGUUCCAGCAGAUUCUGGACAAGCAGCCAGCCUCUCUGGACAACACCACAGCUUGGCUUCAGGCAGCAGAGUCAGAGGAGGCGUUGGCCGUCCGCUCCCGCUCUGAGUCUCCCGGUCCUGACAGCCGAGGCCCUGUCAGCGCCUCCGCCGUCCUCAUCCGGGCCUACAUGCGUCUGCUACACUGGGACCCGCAAGACCAGAAAUAUCCAGAGACUGUGCUGAUGGACCGGGCCCGCCUGGACGCUCUGGGCCGGCGACUCGAGACGCUGGUCCUGGAGGCGUCGGUGCUGCUCCUGACCAAAGCUCAGUGUGGGGGCGCCGUUUUCUCACUGCAGGGGUUUGUAGGUAAACUCAGGCAGUCCGUCACUGCCCUGCUGGAGGGCAGUCACACCAGGGACGCUGACCUGAAGGGGGCGCUGCUGGGUGUUGGGGAGACGGUACUGAAGCAAGUGACCGAAGCUGUGAGCAACCAUGGAGGAGCAGCACUGCCUCAGGAGAGCCAGGAUCUGCUGAGAGGACAAAUAUCUGACCUGUGGAAGCACAACAACCCUGUUCGCACACUCAUAGGAGAAAGGGUACAGGGCUUCCUCCAGGCCAUGCUGGAGGGCGGCCCCGCUAAAAGGAGUCCAGAGCUGCCCGCUGCCCUCAGGCUAGUGAGUGCUGAGCUAGCUGAGCUGGGGACGGCCUUUGGGCGAAUCACCCACUUCAACCGAACGGUUUUUGGUCCUUUCUACGCACCCAUUCUCAGGAAAAUACUGUUCCCACCAGGAGACGCCGAGACCGGGGAGGACUCGCGCUAAGCUGAGGGCCACCUAUACAUGACCGUUAAUGACCUUAACAUAAGCUCCCGUAUUGUGUUGUGCAUAUAUGGCUUUAGAGUGUAAAUACAUUAAGCGAGACUGCUCGGUAGUGAGACGUCAUACCCAAAAUAUGAAAGUGCCUUAAAAAAAGGAAGCUAAAUUAGGGACUGACGUAAGAGCGUCUCGCUGUUGCUCCUUUUGUUUUCUAAAGAGACAUUUAUAUUCUAUUUUAUAUGAUUAUAUUUUUUUAACUGUUACGAGAGGAAAGUCUCAAAGCACGAGGCAGAAACAGAGUUAUUAGAAUACAUCUUAAACAAACAUUUGAGCACAGAAAACCUCACAGAUUGUUUGACAGAAAUGAAAAAUAGCUUUCACCUUGAUACGAGUAACUAAUAGUUUCCGUGUUAAUGAGGAAAUUGUGUAUGAGUCAUAUUUAGACAUUGCAGGAGACUGAUUGUAAAUGUUUCUGAAAUGAUCAAAUGUUUGGAAAAAGCCUUGGUUGGUUUUCACUCUCAAGAUAAACACCCUCAGGAAAAACACACAGUACCAAAGAUAAUAUGCUAAUAGUUUGUAAAUAAUACUUCCAAGUUUUUAAUGUGUGGCUGGAUGUUCUUAUCUGUAUGUUGACAGAUGUGUAUAUGAAACUCUUUCUUUUACCAAAGAUUAUACGCACUUUUUCAAACUCUUUCUCAAAAGCAUUAUUUUUCCUUUGCACCUUUGAUAGCAAACCAAAAGCACACUCAGUGUUUCCCCUGCAGCAGUUGGUAUCAGUGGUCGCGGGGCUCAUUUAUAAAUAAGAUACAUACCCAAUUAUAAAUUAUUGGCAGAGCAGUCAAACAAAACUAAUAAAAAUAUAGAAUUUCUGCAAGUUAUAUUAUUGAAACUAAAAGAGAAUCCAGAAACAGUUUCCAGAAUAUGCCAAAUUUCUAUGAGGCUACAUAUGAAUGGAGCCCACGAUUCG